AAAUCAUAACGUCCCAAGUCCAGCAAGUUUCGCAUUUCCAAGUCACCAUUUCCUUCAUAUCCACAAGUUUUGAGAGUAGCAUAUCAAUGUCUUCUUCCGCUGCACCUCUCACCCCCGGCGUCGCCUUCAUCACCGGCGGCGCUCGCGGCCUCGGCCACGCCACCGCCCUCGCCUUCGCCCAACACGGCGCCCGCGCCAUCGUCCUCGCCGACAUCCACGACGACGCCACUAUGACCGCCGCCGCACAAGCCGUCACCUCCCUCGGCGCGGCCUGCCUCCCCCUCCGCUGCGACGUCAGCCAAGAAAGCGAGGUGGCGGCCGCGAUCGCCACGACGGUCGCAACGUAUGGACGCAUCGACUACGCGGCGAACUUCGCGGCGAUAAUGGGGCCUGUCGAUGGGAUUGGAGGGUUGAAGUUGGAGCAUUGGGAGCGGGUCAUGCGGGUGAAUUCGACGGGGCUGAUGCUGUGCGUGAAGCAUGAGUUGGCGCAACUGAUGAAGCAGGUGGAGGCGGAACAAGUGGAGGGGAAGGUGCCCGGGCGGCAGGUGGGGAGUAUUGUGAAUUGCGGGUCGAUUAAUUCAAUUCUUGGGGGGGCGAGGGCGGGGACGUAUACGGUGGCGAAGCAUGCGGUGUUAGGGAUCACGAGGGUCGCGGCGGGAGAGGGGCGGAAACAUGGGAUCCGGGUCAAUGCGAUUGGGCCCGGGGUGGUGCAUACGCAGUUCAGUGAGACGGCGAUCAUUGGGGGGGAGCAAGUAGCGGGACCGACGAACCAGGGAUUAACUAAGUUGCUCGAGAAGCAGGGGAGGGAGAUUUUACCGGAGGAGAUUGGGGAAGCGACGGUGCUUUUGUCGAGCAGUGCAAUGAGUGCGGUGAAUGGGCAUUUGUUGCCGUUGGAUGCGGGCUUGACAUCGCAAGCGGCUUGAGGGGUAUGGAUUGCAAUACCCGUUAUAUAUCCAAGUUUCCUCGUAGCCCAUCGAGUCUAUCAAACAAUGUACAUCUGGAACGGCGAGUCGUUUCGUGCAUCCCUUCAUUCAAUCCCAUGGAAUAGUGCGAAAGCUCCAUAUCAAUGCGCCUCUAACACCGUAAAGGAGAGGAUAGAAACGGAUAUCAUGAAAGCAUACUGUGCUAGACAAGAAGAACCCUCUGAUCAAGA